CGUUUUGACAGGUCGGUGGACGCACGUGUAUCGAGGUUUUGGUGUUUUUAUUUUGCAUUUUAAGUGUAAAAAGUUCUUAUUUAUAUUUUAAAUUGGUUAAUACUAACUCUUUUGCUGCUGGUAAGUAGAAAACUAUUUGUUAAUUCGUGAGACCAAAAUGGAAACAGACCCUCCAAGCGAACCUCCCGAUCCGGGAGCCACUCCUUCCCGCAAACGGCAAGCAGACGAUGGAACAGUCUCCUCCUCUUCUAAAAAAUCUUUGUCUGAUCCCUCCCAAGCAAACCCAUCUAUAGGAAAUUUAUAUAUUCACCCGUCAUUUGCCGAAGGCCUUAAAUCUUACGCCAACGAUGAUAAAGGUCCAUUCGUCGUCCAAGUCUCUAGGGACGUCGAAGACCCGACUUCCGGAGCCUCGUUAAGAGCCAUUACUUUCGGUCAAUUCCUUCACAAACAUAAAAUAAGCUCCAUCUUACAUGAUGGUGUUAAAAACGUUGGUCGUAACAAAAUAAUCGUCGAGUUUUCGACAGCUCAUGCAGCCAACCACUUCCUUGUCAAUCCUAUCCUCUCCCUAUGUAAAUUCAAAGCCUUCAUCCCCACAUAUAAUAUGACCAGAAUGGGAUUAGUGAAGGGAGUCCCCAUAGACUGGUCGAUGAGUGAGCUCGUUCAAUCUUUGGAGCUUCCCCCAGGCUGUGGUGAGGUGCUCAAAGCCCGAAGGUUGAACAGAAAAACAACUCAGGAAAAUGUCACCACCUGGAUACCGACUCAGUCUGUUGUCCUGACCUUUAGGGGUCAAAUACUUCCAAGUAAAGUUUAUUCCUACCACACGUCCUUACCUAUCGAAACCUACAAACUUCCUACCAUUCAAUGCUUAAACUGCUGUCGUUUUGGCCAUACCAAAACAAUCUGCAGAUCACAACCCAGGUGUUAUAGGUGCUCCCAGUCCCAUGCAGGGGAAUCUUGUGAAAUAGAUAAAAAUCUAGCCUCAUGUCUACAUUGCUCAGGCAAACAUUUUGCCAAUGACAAGGCUUGUCCUGAAUUCACUAGACAGCAAUCAAUUAAAGUAAUUAUGUCUCAGAAUAAUAUAUCCUACAUGGAAGCGGCAGCUCAAUUCCCUUCUGUCCGGCGAUCCUAUGCUGAGAUGGCAAAGGAAAUGUUUACUCCUCCCGCCUAUUCACCUAAGACCCCCUCCUGUCCGACAACUCAACCCACACCCAAAACUUCCUACCGUCAAACAACAUUCCGGUCUCCUCGCCCUCGAGCCCCACCAGGCAAGGGUUAUGACAGAGGUGCUCACCAGAAUAUUGUUGGUGAAUGUGCUUCAUCCCUUCCGAAUGGACAUGCUCUCAAUCAAAAUUCUCCCCCCAAUGAAACUCUACCUAUGUUAGAACAACUUUCCACUCUCCUUCUCAGUCUUAUCACUCCUUGUAGUGACAUUCCUCUACCGUCCAACGUUGCCAAAAACAUUUCCAAACUUUUUAAAAUCCUCCAAGAUGGCCCCAACAACCAUACUUCAAUGGAACAGUAA